ACCACAUCACAAAUUCUAAAAACCAUGCUGUAACAAAAAUCAAUUAAAGAAUUUCACCUUAAAAUCAAACAAAACAGAAGGUACAUUCUACAUUUUAUUCUGGUUUUACCAACCUGGCAAAUCAAGACUCUAAAAUCCCUAUAUUAUGUUGAGGUUGUUACAUGAUCCUAAAUACCCUCCCCUCCAUCAUUUGAGGUAUCUUCACAAAAAAAAACAAAAAAAAACAAAAACAUUUGUGUUUUUUUUUUCUGUGUUCAAUCUUGAAAAUGAAAAAAUUGCUCUUUUCUGUAAUGAAUUGAAUGUAUUACAUUUUUAAGAAAUAGGAACUGAGAAAUGCUGCAAAGAGCAGCUAGCAAUGCAUACUCAUGGUGGUGGGCUAGCCACAUCAGGACAAAGCAAUCUAAAUGGCUUGAAGAUAAUCUACAAGAUAUGGAUGAGAGAGUUGCAAGUAUGCUCAAACUCAUUGAAAAUAAGGGAGAUUCAUUUGCUCAGAGAGUUGAAAUGUACUACAAGAAGAGGCCAGAGCUUAUAGGUCAAGUGGAAGAAGCUUACCGAUCAUAUCGAGCAUUAGCAGAGAGAUAUGAUCAUCUGUCAAAAGAUAUGCAAAGUGCAAACCGCACCAUUGCAGCUGUAUUUCCUGAACAGAUUCAAUACGCAAUUGAUGAUGAUUAUUAUGAAGGACACAAUUCAGCAGCUUCCGCGUCUCCUGAAGAUGCAAACAAGUCAUCUAACGCAAACAUUCCGAAAGUCCCAACUACGCCAAUCAAGGAUUUUCGGAGCCAGUCCAUGUUCUUUUCGAGGAAGGAACAGUCACUAGGUAAAAUUGCUAGCGCUGCUGCUCCUCCAGAUUCAGGCCUUACGCGUGAGGAGGCGACGGAGGAAAUCGAUAAGAUUCAAAAGGAUAUUUUAGCACUACAGACUGAAAGGGAGUUUAUUCAAAGCAUAUAUGAACGUUGUUCUGCAAAAUGUAACGGAAUCGAUAGCCAGAUAACUGAUAUGCAAGCAAGAGUCAACAGUUUAGAAGAUGAGUACGGUAUUGUUAAAGCUUUAGAUGAUAACGAAGCUCGAACUUUGAUGGCCGCCACAGCUCUGAAAUCAUGUAAAGAUACAUUGGUUAAACUGCAAGAGAAACAAGAGCUAUCAGCUGAAGAGGUUAAAAUGGAGAACAGAAGAGUUAAGGAUCUCAUCGACAAGUUCACAAAUAUUCGAAGUGAAUUUCAAUAUGAUCGAACAGGCUUGCGUGUGCCGUAUGAUGAACAAGAGGCAGAAUCGGAAGAUUUGGAUCGGCUAGAUAGAGAAUUGUUGCGGCAGAAGCUGAAGAAAGAGCUUCAAGCAGAGGGUAAUUCAUCAUUUACUGUGAUGCAACUAGCGGAAAAAAUCGAUGAUCUUGUUGAAACAGUUAUUCGGUUGGAAACAGAAGUCUCGUCUCAAAAUGCUCUUGUGACUGUAUUGAGAUCAGAAGCAGAUGGAUUCCAGGAACGCAUUAAAACCCUGGAGACGGAGAAAGAGGUUCUGAUGGAAAAUACGGAGACUAUGAGCAAUAAGAUAAAAGAGUUGGAGGAAGAGCUGCAAAGAGUAAAAAGCCUAAACCAAAGUGUCAAAGAGAAAACCGACAACCUUCAAGUAGAUGUCGCGCAAGCAACUUGUAACAUUGAUCAUUUGUCGGAAAAAUUAAAAAAUGUGAAACCCAGUGAGGACUUUCACGACGUCCAAGAAACUGAAGCUUCUACUGAUGCUGGAACAGACUAUGACAAGAGAGAUGAUGCUUCAGCUGUCAGCAAUUCUUCUGAAGACAAGCGAUCUGAUUCUCAGCUAAGACAAAUGCCUCAAGGGACGAGCACUGUUCUUGACAAUAUGCUAGAUGAAGUGGGAACUGAUGCAGAAGAAGAAGAUCAGCCAAACUGGAGUAAUCUGUUAGCUGGAGGAUUAGUAGACAGAGAAAAACAUCUAGUGCAGGAGUAUAUUUUAGUCCUGCGCAACUAUAAAGAGGUAAAGAAGAGACUGGGUGACGUGGAAAAGAAAAACCGAGAUGGGUUUUUUGAGUUGGCGUUGCAGAUAAGAGAAUUGAAGAAUGCUAUUGCUAUAAGAGACGACGAGAUUCACGUUUUACGGAAAACAAAUUCUAUCAGGAAAAGUGAAGAUGAAAACCGUCCAAGGUCCCCUGAGAGCAUGAUACAAGCACCUAGCAUUCCCGACACAAACCAUUCAACGAUAAGUUCACCUCAGCGAAUGUACGAUUCUGAACACGAACACCAUGUAGAACUAAUGAGCCAAGCAUCAGCGGAAGAAGAUAUAAAGCUAUCAACUCCAAAUGAGAUUAGAAAUGUCAAUUCGCUACAGGUUACCUCAGCUAUGGAAGAAAAACUCCGUUCAGAAAUCGACUCACUGCUAGAAGAAAACCUAGAGUUUUGGUUGAGAUUUAGCAGCUCAUUUCAUCAAAUACAGAAGUAUCAAAACUCAAUCCAGGACUUAAAGGCAGAGUUAUCAAAGCUCGAAGAAAGCAGCAAAGGUCAAUGCAUAAUGUCAGAAGCUCGACCAAUAUACCGACACUUGAAAGAGAUACAAACAGAACUAACAUUAUGGUUAGAAACCAAUUCAGUACUUAAAGAUGAACUACAGAGUAGAUGUGCAGCUUUGAGCAGUAUUCAAGAAGAAUUAGCCAAAGGAGAAGAAGAGGCUCAACUUAACCAAUAUCAGGCAGCUAAAUUUCAAGGUGAGAUUCUUAAUAUGAAACAGGAAAGCAGCAAAGUUUCAAAUGAGCUGCAGGCAGGCUGGGAGCGCGUGAACGUACUCAGAGACGACAUUGAGAAAAUACUAUUAAAAAUGGAUGAAGAGCUCGGACUUUCAGCAACUAAACAAAGAACCCACCGAGCAAGAAUACCACUACGGUCUUUCUUAUUUGGUGUCAAGUUAAAGAAGCACAGGAGGUCAUCAUCGCUCUUCUCAUGCACAACUCCGACAUUUCUAGAACACGAUGGUGAACCAGGUUCACCGUCUGACUUCUCGCAUUAGAUUCGCCUAUCUUUUUUCUUUUACAUUUUCUCAUUUCUGGGGUUUGAUCCUCAUAGCUUUUCUUCAUGUUGAUCUAUCAAAAUAUUUUAGUUUCUAAUAAUUAGUUAAUGAUCCUCUCUCUUCUUAA